AUGUCUCGUCCAUCCUUUCGCGUUCGUCGGCGUCCAAGUCGUGCUCAAUCGCAUAAUUUCCUUAUAUCCACAUCCAUUUUCUUUCUCGUGUUUAUUUCUCUGAUACUUUUGUGUCCCGUAGGGACCAAAGCCGAGCCUACUCCGCGACCUGAAUAUGGGACUGUUAUUGGUAUUGACCUUGGCACAACCUACUCUUGCGUAGGGGUGUACAAAGGCGGACGCGUGGAAAUUAUCGCCAAUGACCAGGGCAACCGAAUCACGCCUUCUUGGGUUAGCUUUAACGGCGAUGAACGACUGAUCGGUGACAGCGCAAAAAACGCGUUGCAUUCCAAUCCGAGAAAUACCGUCUUCGACGCAAAGCGACUAAUAGGUCGUCAACUGUCUGAACCGGAUGUUCAGCUUGAUCUCAAACAUUGGCCAUUCUCUGUUACCGAGAGAGAUGAUAAACCCGUAAUUGGUGUCAACUACAAGGGGGUUCAGCAACAAUUUUCACCAGAGGAGAUCAGCGCCAUGGUGCUCGGAAAGUUGAAAGAGACUGCCGAAAGUUUCCUGGGGCACAAGGUCACCCAUGCGGUCGUCACAGUCCCAGCUUACUUCAACGAUGCACAACGACAGGCUACCAAGGAUGCUGGCACAAUUGCUGGACUAACCGUUCUCCGUGUCUUGAAUGAACCCACCGCCGCAGCACUCGCCUAUGGACUGGACAAAAAAGGUGCAGAGUCGAAGAUAAUCGUCUACGACCUUGGAGGCGGGACCUUUGAUGUGUCACUACUCACGAUCGAGGGCGGCGUUUUCGAAGUCAUGGCCACGUCCGGAGACACUCAUCUUGGAGGAGAAGACUUUGAUAACCGCGUCAUCGAAUACCUGGUCAAAAGAUACAACAAGGAAACUGGGGUCGACGUCAGCCAAAAUCAGCGCGCCAUGGGCAAGCUCAAGAAGGCGGUGGAGCAUGCCAAACGGACUCUGUCGACUCAACAGAGUACCAAGAUCGAAAUCGAGAGCUUUGAAAAUGGAAACGACUUUUCGGACACCUUGACAAGGGCCAAGUUUGAGCAGCUGAAUGCUGACUUGUUUAGGAAGACAAUGAAACCUGUGGAACAAGUACUGAAGGAUGCCAAUGUCAAGAAGGAUGAGAUUGAUGAGAUAGUUCUUGUCGGCGGAUCAACGAGGAUACCGAAAAUCCAAGAAAUGUUAAGAGACUACUUUGGAAAGGAGCCUUCCAGAGGCAUCCAUCCCGACGAAGCGGUCGCAUACGGUGCUGCCAUUCAAGGAGCGAUACUCUCUGGAGUUGAAGAACCCAGCGAGAUCACGCUUAUCGACGUCAACUCGCUCACCGUUGGGAUUGAGACGACAGGAGGGGUGUUUGCGCCAAUUAUCAAACGGAAUACUAUCAUUCCCACCAGAAAGAGCCAGAUUUUCUCGACAGCCGCUGAUAAUCAGCAGAGCGUGGUUAUCCAAGUGUAUCAGGGCGAGCGGGGGCAGACAAAGCACAACAAUUUGCUGGGCAAAUUUGAGUUGAGCGGAAUUGCCCCAGCACCAAAAGGAGUUCCCCAAAUUGAAGUAACCUUUGUGAUUGAUGCUAAUGGUAUCAUGACAAUACAAGCUUCUGACAAGGAAACUGGCAAGUCGGAAUCAAUUACCAUUAAAGAUGGGAAUCACAGACUAUCCAAAGAGGAGAUAGAACGGAUGGUUGACGAAGCAGACCAAUUUUCUGCCGAGGAUGAAGCGCACAGAAAGCGGGUCGAACAACUAAACAGUCUCCAGAACUAUGUGUAUGGGCUGAAAGGGCAGAUGAAUAACAGGGGGGAUCUUUCUGCGUCCGACAAGUCGAUCCUCGAGGAAGUCCUUCAGGAUGCCUCGGUAUGGGUUGAAGAUUACGGAAAGGACGCAAGUUUAGACGUUUUGGAAUUGAAGUUGGCUGAAAUCCAGACCAAAGUAGAACCAAUCGGAAAAAAUCUAUUUGAGGAUGAUGGUAGGGCGGCAGGGACGAGUGACAGUUGGGCGCAUACCGAACUCUGAUGAGAUUUGUAUAGUACAUAAUUAUUGUCAAAAACGACUUGGAUUCGAUGGCGCUCGUUCUUGC